GCUCCGAGCCGUUACUUCCGUCUCGGAGUCCAAGUUGGCACUUCGAAGGGACAUAAAGGUUUCGAGGUCACAGAACUGCCGAUUCUAGAGCCAAGUCUCGACUUUCGAGACCCAGGUCAACCCAUUGUCUUCUACGUUCUACCUUUGCGCCCAUAACGGGUACACAAUGCCGUGCAUCUCUUCUGGGUGUACCGUCACUACCCUUUGUGACGGCUAUCAAACGUUCCUUUGUCUGGGCAAUCUACUUUGUACAGAUUCAACACAAUGAAACCACGACAAUGCCAUUGUUUCUCAGCCUUGGGCCGUUUCCAGCUCGACCUAUUUAAUACGGCGCUGGUCCGGAAGUGUUCCUUGGAUGCAGCCAUCGACUUUGUCAGUCGGCAUUCCUCGUUCGGUGCUAUCGCUAGCUCGACAACAACUACUCUCUUCCAGGAUACCAUUCACCAUCUCAGCCAUGUGUUACAUCACCAGGAACAUCUUCACGGUGUGCGCGCAUAGCAGAGUCGGAGAGUUGGUCGAGUGUAAGGAGCAGAUAGCUAGGAACGAGAAAUAUCAGGACGGUAGCUGCUGGGCCAAUCUCCAAUUGGCGUUUUUGAGCUGCCCGCCAGCCGAGAAGUUGGGGCUGGAGUAUUCGUUCUGCGACUACUGCCGCGACCAUUACAGGGGCUAUGACACGAACAGGGUGGACGCCAUCUUGAACUACUGGGCCUUUAAGAACCGCCGCGGCUACUGUUUCAGCGUCUCUCCAAGCAUGGUCCCCGCCGAGUAUAUUUUCGGAAGGCCAGCAUCGUCUGACCUCGCGGACGCCAAACAGCCCCGGUGCGAGCUCAUCGCCAUCGAUAAGGCGUUGCCACGACGACCGUUCGAGUCGCCAGCCAAGUGGCUACGGAGACUCGAACAGCCACGGAUCACGGCGCCCAUGUCCAUCGGCCCAUAUGCUCGCGUUCUCAGUCCAGUUCCCGAGCUAAGCGAGUCGCAGGCAACCCCCCGCGGAUCGCUCAACCCAUCGCAAGACACGGCGAGAGUGUCUCCGCAAGUUCAUCUCGCCACACUGCAAAAGCUCUGUGGAGAGGCUCCCGUAGAAUUCCCUGUUUCACAGUCAGGAACAGCAUCGGGCUUGAUGAUUGACAAUCUGCAGGAGCAGGGGACAGCGGCAGCCCUGCGACUUCCCGAGUCUCUGCCUCCGGGGCAUGGACAACUCCAGGACACAGGUCCCACAACCUCAGGAUAUGUCGGCUCUGCGUUGGCCGUUCCACCUCCGAGUCGUCGGCUAACCACCCAACAGCGCCACAUGCAGAGUGACGCGGAGCAGUACAUCACUGAAGGCGGCCAAGACGCCGGCGAUCCUGCAGACGUGGGGGCAAAUUUCCAGCUUCACCAGUCUGAACCUGGCCCUAUUUCAGAAGCCGAGGACGGUACGUUGACCAGCAUCGAUCUCAACGAGCAUCCCAAGAAGCAGUCAGAAGAAGACCCGCAGGAGAUCUCAGCGGAGCACGAUGAAGACGACGAACCGCCAAAUCUCACGAGCCAUUUCUCCUGGGACUCUUCGGUAGCUGACGAGGCUGAUAUUUCCAUCACCACUGAAACGACAGACGAAAGCAGCGGCGGGGUAGAGCCGUCAACCGAAGUCAACAUGACCAGCCGCUUCUCGGUUUCGGACGUAGACCCGGACGACGCAGCAGAGAUGGCCAGCAUCGGCCCGGUCAGUCCCAAUUCGGAGGUCUUCUGUCUGGCCAACGACCCUGGAACACGCCGGUCUGUUGCCGGCAAAUAGCAGGUCGUCUCCGGUUGAAGAUGAGGAGCAGUAAGUACACAACACACAGUAGGUAAGUAGCCUUGGUGUGGUGAGUGAGGUGAGUGAGAAACUUCAGGUAAGCAUGGUGGAGGAUUGAUGAAUCACGGAUGUUGAAGACGUCACGGUAUCUGUGUACCGAAUUCAAUCGAUACGCCUGCAAGUCUGGUGAGAAUAAGUUAUUGCUUUUGCUUUCUUCCCUAGUAGUACAGUUUGAUCAAUUCACCAGUCUAUCUCAGUCUCCUAUGGUCCAUAUCUGAGUUUGUGAAGGCCCAUGUUCUCACCGUGUCUUGCCGUUUACGGAGUACCGUUGAAUGAAAUGCGUCGGAGACGACACGCUACCUGCCGGAUGAGUAGCAUCAACUUACGUACCCAAUAUUAGGUAUACUCAGCAACGCCC